AUGAGAGAACUAUUCGUUUUAGAGAGAUACUAUUGGGAAUCCUCGAACAAUAGGCUUCAACAGGGAUUCAUUCUAUCUAUAACAUUGAAUAAACCGAUUCCAGACGAUGUAUUGACAGAAGCAAUUCGCCUCACAGGUUUAGAUUAUCCAUGGAUAUUCCAGAAUAUUAAGGUUAAAGAUGCUCAGGGCCCUGACAGAAUAGAGCCAAUCAAAAAACGACUAGUUACAGAGGAUCUUAUUAAACAUGUUGAUAAUGAUGAACCUAAUCACAUUCUUGAAACGCUUCGAUUGGAAACAACGGACGAUAAUUGUGCAUGGGUUGUUUUAGUGAAAGAAAACAGAUUCACAUUGUUCUUGAAUCAUACGUUUUUCGAUGGAAUGUCCGCAUACAACCUGUGGAGUUCGAUCAUCAAGUAUGCUAACCAAGGAGUGAGGUCUAGUGAUGGCUUGAUUUAUGAUGGUAAUGGACAAAACAUUCUUUCACGGCAUGCUUACGAAGAGGUUGAGAUGAAGCUUAUGGAUAAAAUUAGUGCCAAAAUUGCACCAUAUUGGAUCCAGUACGUGGCACCAUCGAUAGCCAAAAUUUUCCCAUCGCAUCUCUUCUCUAUUCCUGGCUUUAACCUCCAAGAGGUUCUACUAGACAAGAAUGGAAAUAUAAGGCAAGAUCAAAAAAGACUUAAAUGGACCAUUCCUCCAACACAGUUAAAAGAAAUAUUGGCGGAAGUGAGAGCCCGCAACUUAACUUUGACAGUUUGGAUAUGUGCGAAGUUAGCCUACCAAUUAACUAAGAUAAAGAGUUCUACGAAAGGUAGUACCAUAAAGUUAGCGAUACCAAUGAGUAUGCGUCCAUUUUUGAUUGAAAAACUUGGCAAAGAUCCAAAAGACAUUGCUACUGGUAACUAUGUUUCCGCAGCAUAUUGUACGUUGUCAUUGGACAAAUAUGGUUCUGAGUUAUGGACCAUCGCUGACGAAAUUAAUAAAUCUUUACAGAAAGCUAAAGAAGAUCCAGUUGCCAACAUAAACUAUGUUAAAUUACUUGACGAGGUCGAUCUUACUAAAUUUAUCAAAGAAAAAUAUAAGACGACGUCUUCGCCAUGCACUUUGGAACUAUCUAAUUUAGGUAUGCUAGAUCCGUCGAGUCCUGAUGAUGAAUAUCAACUGCUAGAUGCAGAAUUCCAACAACCCAUGUUAACUUCAAGUAUCUUAUGCUGCUCUUCCAUCUCUACUAGGCUAGGUGGCUUAACUGUAAAUUUCAGUUAUCCAAUUGAACUUGACAAAAUAAUAACUCCAGCAUUUGAAGAACUGGUAAAUCCAAGAAACUAG